UAAGAACGAGAGCUGUUCAUAAACAACUCGGACUCGACUCGGGCUCGUUCGUUAAACAAACAAGUUGAACCCGAACUCAAUUUCUGAGCUCGUUUACUAAACGAGCCGAGUUCGAGCAAUGCUAUGCUUGACUAGUAAAGCUCGUGAACAAGCUCGUCUAUUACAUUUACAUUGCUAUAUUUAGAAGGCUUAGCCCAUGAAUGUAAGUUAGCCCAUUUCGCAUAUAUUUCUUUGGCCCAAUUCAUAUUUUAAUUUUUAGAGGCCCAUCCUACUAACUCAUUAGCCCAAAUCAACACUUAAUCUCUGACACUCGUUAGCUUCUUUUAUCAACAUAAAAGAUUCCCCUACUACACACUCUAAUCACUUCAGUUGUCAACCAUAGAAAUCGGCAACCAUGGAACUCGUUUCCUAGGAAAUCGCUGAACUCUGUCUCUGAACAACAAGAUCCAUGGUCAUGGUUGAAAUCCAAAGCAAGCAAAAGAGAUCAUGAAGAUGGGAUAUUAACGUAAGCGCCGAAGCCAACAUUGGAAGAAAAUGGUGCAAAUUUGUAUCUACAAACGGCAAACAGUUAGAUCGACGUGAUUGAUUGUAUAUAUACAAACAGAACCGAGCGGAGCCGAGCCGAACGGAGCCGGAGCCCAAGCUUAUCCAAAAGGUACCAAGCCGAGCCCGAGCACUCCGCUCACUUAGGCGAGCGGAGCCCAAGUAACUUAAAGCUCAACUCAGCUCGGUUCAUUUGACCAAAGGCCUCAAUUGCAACAAUUUCCUCCAAGACCAUGCACAAUCUUGAGGAAUGCAUUUAGCUACUUGUAUUCUUGAUCAGUUUCUCUCUCCUAAUGGCUUUCUGGAUGCUCUUGGCAGUGGCCGCUUUAUUCUUAUUUUACAUUUCAAGGGGUUGUGGUGAACUUGUAGCAGCACUUCCAGGGCAACCAGCCAAUGUUUCAUUUAAACAGUACUCAGGAUAUAUAGUGACAGAUGCCAAACAUGGCCGAGCUCUGUUCUAUUACUUUGUUGAAGCACAAUCAGCUGACCAUCUUUCACGUCCUUUAACAUUGUGGCUCAAUGGAGGUCCCGGUUGUUCUUCACUUGGCUUCGGUGCAUUCAUGGAAAAUGGCCCUUUUCAAGUGGGAGAGAAUGGACUGCUAGUAAAAAAUGAACAUUCUUGGAAUUUAGAAUCAAACAUGUUAUAUGUUGAGUCACCUAUUGGAGUUGGAUUUUCAUACUCUAAUACAAGUGAAGACUACAUCAACUGGAAUGAUACUAGGACUGCUGAGGAUAAUUUGGUGUUUAUGAUUAAUUGGUUGGAGGAAUUUCCAAAAUUCAAAGACUCAGACUUCUUUAUAACCGGUGAAAGCUAUGCAGGCCACUACAUACCACAGCUUGCAGCCUUGUUGCUUGAUUACAACAAGAAACCAAACGUCAAGCCCAUCAAGCUCAAAGCAUUAGCUCUUGGAAAUCCACUUUUAGACCUAGAUAUUAGUAUACAGGCCGGGGAUUACUUGUGGUCACAUGGUGCAAUAUCGGACGAGACAUUGAGGUUAGAGAAGACAGUCUGUAAUGACUCGAGGCACUUCAGAGAGUACUACCGUGAUGGUCAAUUGUCUCCAGGAUGCAAAAAUGUCUUCAAUAGGGUCGAGGAUGAAAUUGGUGAUGUUUCAUUUUAUGACCUACUCUCACCGAAUUGCUUAUCGUCGAGCUCCGCCCAACAAUUUCAACCUAAGGGGUUGCAUGGAAACAUUCAUGCAAUGAUUGCUAGGAGGGGAAUGGCAGGAGAUCCAUGCCUUCCGGACAGGAUACUCACCUAUCUAAAUACACCAAUAGUUCAGAAAUCACUUCAUGCCAACACAACUCAUCUUCCUUCUCAAUGGGGAUUUUGUUUAGGGCCUCUUGUAUAUCAAAAAGACAACUUGGACAGGAACCUCACACCCCUCAUCACAGACCUUCUCAAGGAGGGCAUUCCCAUCCUACUUUUUAGUGGAGACCAAGAUUCAAGAAUCCCUCUCACUCAAACAAGGACAAUUGCAAAUAAUAUUGCCAAAGAUUUGAAGUUGGUCACCUUAACAAAGUAUGGCCCUUGGUAUGACAAAAAACAGGUAGGAGGAUGGUAUGAGUCAUUCGGCGGGCUAAGAGAUGGGAAGAAUGUAACAUAUUUGACAUUUGCGACGGUUAGAGGUGCUGCUCAUGAGGUUCCCUUCACAUCCCCUUCUCAAGCUCUCACAUUGUUCAAAUCAUUUCUGAAGGGAUCCCCUCUUCCUAGGCCCCAUAAGAUAAAAGAAAGGAUGAGGAGUAUUUCUUCACCUCUCUAAUACAACUUUCACUAUUCUCUCAAAAGUGGAAGGAUUUCUUUCCACGACUGAUACCUUAAAUCUUCUGAAAAAGAUGAAAUGGACCUCUGAAAUAAGUAUGGAGAUCAUGUUAUGAUUUGUAUAAGCUUUGGUCAGUUCAUGAAAAUUGAUGAAUGUUGUUGUUCUUAAUGGUGUUUUAAGAGACAACCUUGAAGAUUUUUGUUCGAUCAAUUAUGAAGAGGUUAAAUAUUUAAUCAAAGGCUGACCUUAAAUUAA